AUGCGUGGCGUAGCUCUUGGUGCUGUAUCUGGAGCAUUGGUCUCAUUUCUUGUGUGUCAAUUGAUUCUCCCUCGUUUACGUACACGACAAUUGCGUCAUCAAGCUUUAAGAGGUUGUGUGUAUCUUGUGGGUGCUGGACCGGGAGAUCCUGAGCUGCUGACACUUAAAGCUCGUCGACUAUUGUCAAGUGCGACGGUUGUGGUUGUCGACGACCUUGUGGGACCUCAAAUCUACGCAUUAAUUCCAAGAGACUGUCAAAUUAUAUACGUAGGCAAACGAGGAGGAAGAAAAGAUUCGGCAAAACAGGUGGACAUUAAUGCCAUUCUAGUGUCAAAAAGUCGAGAUGGACACAUUGUCGUUCGACUCAAAGGAGGCGACCCCAUGAUUUUUGGCCGCGUUCAUUCAGAAAUUCGAGCUUUGGUUCAAGCUCAAUGCAAUUUUAAAGUCAUUCCGGGUAUCUCUUCGGCAUUAGCGGUGCCUGCUAUGGUCAAUAUUCCAGUGACACACAAGACGUUGAGCACAAAUUUCGUUGUGACUUCAGGACACAACCCAGCAGAAAUGGAUUUUGACAUGUUGGCCAAGAUUGAGACAAUUGUGUUAUUAAUGGCUACGAGGACAAUUGAUCGUAUUUGCGAGAGUUUAAUGGACAGUGGCAAGGACAAGGAUACACAUGUGGCAUUAAUUCACUCGGGUACGAAUCCAGAUCAGUUGGUGAUGUUGGGAAUGCUAAAGGACAUUGCAGCCAAGACCGAGGGGAAGAAGUAUUCUCCUGCUAUUAUUGUGAUUGGAGACGUUGCCAAGUAUGGAGAUCUCAAGGCGUAUUUGGACGAGUCAGACGAUGAAAUGACAAAUGCAGACGUUUAA